UGGGCGCGCUGAGUCGUCGUGUGCCGUCCUUGCUGCUGCGAGCGCAUGCUGCCGUUCUGCCCCAAACCCGAGGGGAGCCGAAACCCCUCCGGGGCUCGGUGACUGGCCUGUCUCCGGGGGAUGGUUUCAUUGCUUUGCCUGUGCGGCUUGGUACCGACCCUGCAAACCUGUGGAGAUCAUGGUAGCUCUACGUCAUGGGCCAAAAUGUUGUAAGUGAUUGAGCAUCUUCUAUUCUCACCGGGUGCUUGGCACAUCCUGGUAUCAAGCCUGAGAAGCUGGGAGAAAACUAGGAGAAGAAUACAGCUGUUCUGCCAUGAAACUAACAGUGAGUGCACCAAGUUCUCUCUUGAGACUUCGUGAGAGCUACUUCACUUUAACAAAGCCUUCUUUUCCCACAUGUGCUCAUUAGUUAUCAAGGAUUCAAAUCUCCUUCCUCUGAUGAAGGAGAAAAGAGGGACUGCCUGACCCUGUGCUUGCUGCCAAAAGCAUUGGUGGAAGGACCUUAGGGUCCCACUUUUCUACGUGCCUUUUGAAUAUCUCUGUUGUAAAGAUGUCUCACAAUCACCACAUGAACAGCUCCAUGUUGCCAACCAUGCAUCCUCCUGAACAUCACCACUCAACAGCAGCCCCAGGACAUAGUCAUGUAUCUGACAUGAUGAUGAUGGCAAUGACUUUCCACUUCAGCUAUGAGAAUGUUCCAUUGCUGUUUUCUGGACUUACAAUCAAUACUCCUGGAGAAAUGGCUGGUGCUUUUGUGGCUGUCUUCUUCCUAGCCAUGUUUUAUGAAGGCCUUAAGAUUGCCCGAGAGUGUCUGCUCCGUAAAUCCCAAGUCAGCAUUCGCUACAAUUCCAUGCCAGUGCCAGGUCCCAAUGGCACUAUCUUGAUGGAGACGCACAAAACUGUUGGGCAGCAGAUGCUGAGUUUCCCUCACCUCCUGCAGACUGUACUGCACAUCAUUCAAGUCGUAGUCAGUUACUUCCUCAUGUUGAUCUUCAUGACGUACAAUGGAUACCUCUGCAUAGCUGUGGCAGCAGGGGCAGGAACGGGCUAUUUCUUCUUCAGCUGGAAAAAGGCAGUUGUUGUGGACAUCACGGAGCACUGCCAUUAACACCGGAUGCUGCCCAGAAGCCUCUCCACCCCACUGCUCUCUUGAAGUGCAGCCAUCACAAGGACUGGAUCAUUCCUAAGCUGAAAGACAAACAAUAUAAAGAAAAUCAACUGGAAUUCACCACAAAUUCCUAGCUGGGGUGUAGGGAUGUGAGGAGUUGGGAUAUGCUGCUCCCCCUUGCUGCAGGCUGGCAGCAGGGUUGGCUCUUGAGGGUGCCGUGGUAGCCAUUCUUGGCUAGGAUUUGCUUUAUUCUUAGAUUAUGCUGUGAUUGAAAUUAGUUGGCUGACAGAAGUAUAGAAAUUAUUCUUUAAAACAAACAAACAAAAACCAUUUUAUUUUUAAAUUGCAAAUGCUUAUCUGUGAGGGUUUUAUGAACAGUACGUAAAGAUCAAAGUUGCCAAUAGAGCCUACGUGCACAAAUGGCUAUUUUAAUUUUACUUUUUUUUCCAAUAUGUACAUAGUGCCAGGGGAGGAGAUCUCCCUGGACUUUGGGGCCAGUGACACCUUCUGAUGCAGAAGGAGUCAGCCUCUGAGGAAGAUUUGGUGCUGCACAUCAGACAUGCUCAGGUGUGCCCUGGCAAGGGAGUACUUUGACAUAAAUAUGUGACCCAUGUGCUUCAGAGGGGUUCCAGAUGAGUCUGUCCUCCAAGCCCAUCAGAGCAUGAUGAGUGUUGUUAAUCUUCUGAUGUAUCCAGCAGCUUUACUCAGCUUCAAGUGAUAAUAUUUGGGUUUGGCUGCUUUCUCUUCCCAAUCAUGGAAAUAUAUGGAGUAGAUGCAGGACAACAUUUGCGUUUUUACAGGGAAAAAAGAUUUUAAAUAAACCAUUGAACCUGCAUUUACUUCAUGUUGAAUUGCACCUGGAUGGAUCUAGAGCUAGACUUUUGGUUUACUAAAAAUAGCUUUGUAAACGAGGCAAGAGCUAAAUAAUGAUUUCAUGACACUAAAGGUUACAAUGUCUGAGGGCAUUCCUUGAUUGAGAUGAGAGAAAUAAAACAACCGUGUUCCUGUAAAGGAGAGAUUUGGCAAGAGAAGAAGGAAAAGAUAGAACUAAAGCAGCCUUCAGUCUCUUCUCAGGUGAAAUUAGAAGCACCUUAGGCUGAUGAAAAAGUAUUCCUGACCCAGAUGACUGCUCUUUGUCUUAAUAAUCAUGCUGUGACCGUGUUAGCUUGGAGGUGCAAGAGUUACCAGUGCCAGUAAUUG